GCCAAAACCACUGCGCCGCCUUGCAGCCAGCCUUUCUCAGGGUUCCUGCAGGUGGACAUGGAGCCAUGCUUCCCAGCUCCAAUAGCGACAGUUUUCUGGAUCCCGACAAGGAGGAGGCGGAAAGGAACCUCCGGAAGAGCAGUACAGCGCCCUUGACUGGCUCGUCUGAGAGGUCCGGCGGGGCCGUCCACGCCUCCUCCAGUGAGCCCUUGGGCCAAGCGGGCCAUGCGGGCCAAGCGCGAGGAACCAGGUUGCGGAAGGCGGUGGGUUCUGUCAUUUUUUCCAACUACUUCCGGGGCAAUCUCAGGGCCGAGGAGAAUGGUCAAAAUGGCCAUCCGAACCACGAACACCCUGAGGAGGUGUCCCUGACGCCCUUCCAACGCAGCAGCUACGCCGCCGCGGAGAUCGCCUUCGACGGCGGCACGUCGCCGUACUGCCUCAUUUCCCACGCCUCUGAACCGGAGGACUUGUUUGACUGGGUUAUCCUGCCAGAAUGGGGCUUGAGGACUCCCAAUCUGAUCCUCAGUAUCAUGGGAGGUGCUGGAAACAUGAUCGCCUCAGAGAAGUUCGACACCAUGUGCUUCUCAAAGGGUUUGGUGGAGGCUGCCACGAGAACGUGCGCUUGGAUCAUCACCGGUGGCACCGCUAGCGGGGUCAUGGACAUCGUGGGCAAGGCAAUGCAGAAGCACGACAAACAGCGUCAGGUGCCCUGCAUUGGCAUUAGUCCCUUUGGCGCUUUGACCAGCAAAUGGCGAAAUCUGCUGGAGAAGCAGAUGCAGGAAACGCCGGUGAAACAAACCAAGGUGGAUGCUGCGGAUGCACAAGGCACCGAGAUGGAAGGGAAGAUCACCCUAGCGGCCCUGCAGGACAAUCACUCGCACUUCAUCAUUUGCGACAACGGUAAGGUCGGCAAGGACACCUUCGGGACGGAGAUUCCAUUCAGAACUCAGUUUGAGGACUACGUCGCAAAGGGUUCCAUGCCGGGCGCCUUGAAGGCCCCGGUGCCGCGCGUCAUGAUCUUGGUGAAUGGUGGCAAAAUCUCUUUGAAAUCACUGGUUGAGGCCAUUCGCACGGGGUGCCCUCUGGUGGUAUGUCAAGGCACUGGUCGCAUUGCCGACGUCAUUUGCAAAAUCUUAGAUGUCACCAAAGAUCGGUCCUGCACCGCGGACUCCGAUUCGGGCUCCGAGUUGUCCGUGGGCCAAGAUGCCGAGUUCACCCUCUUGCUGAAAGCUGCCGUUGAGGACUUCAUGCCCAAGGAAACGCUGUCGCAGGAAGAUGUGAAUAAGUGUCACGAGAUCGUGACCAGUGGCAAAGUGGAGAUCUACUCCGUGAACGAUCGCUUGGAGGACGUGAUCUUGCGCGCGGUGCUGGGGAACAAUCGCUCCAUCUCAUCGCCCAUAUCGACCCCUUCCACGGGGGUUUGGCAACAACUGGCCUUGGCGGUUCAGUGGGGCUGCAAGGACUACUACGAUGCCCUGGGUCGAAGGCUGAUCCAAGACAAAGGCGGCCAUGAGCAUGGAGGACCUGCGGAGGCCAUUCGACUCAUCUUCCAAGAGCUGGUGGCCUUCGGCUGGCGCAACACGCUGCGCGACGAGAAGUCCGAGAAGUUGUCGAACUCGCGGAGCUUUUCCGGCCGGCGCCAAACUCGCCAGGCAAAAACUCCCAUCAGCAUUGUGAAGAACGUGCGAGAGAAUACAGGGCCAUUGGUGGAAUGGCUUUUGCAGCAUUACCUCAAGCAGAUGGACCAGUUUGAGGUGAGCGAGCGAACCUUGGGUCUUCCCAUGGGCAAAGUCCAUUGGAAAAGUUUAGGCUUGAAGGAAUCCUGGAAAUCCUUGGAGGGUUUGUUGCUUUGGUCCAUUGAACAGGAAGCGCCAUCCUCUCUCUUGGAGAUCAUUUGGUCUUAUAUGGAGGACCCGGUCCACGCAGCGCUGGCGGCGGCCUCGGCGUGUCGAGAGACCGCGGAGCGCGAGCACGGCUACGCCUCGUAUUACGAUACCUUAGCCAAGAAGGAGCUGGACGAUGCAGCUGAUCGCUUCGAAAGGCUAGCUGUGUUGGUGGUCGAAGAUCUAGCUCAAACCGGCAAAGGUGUGGAAUAUCUCUUCCAAGAAUCCAUGCGAUGGCAAGUGUCAGGGCAAGGUCGCACCUGCUUCAAGUUCGCACACGAACUAGGAUGCAAGAUGUUUGUCUCGGCCACGUUCUAUCGCUUGGCUGUGGACUUGUAUUGGAUCACACCAGUGCCUUUCCACAUCACCAAGCGACAACUGAAUACCAAGAUUCUCAGCUGGUGGGACAUCCUGGGUGUGCUGUGGAAAUUCCAGGUCUGUGGCUUUUCCCUCUGGGAAUUUCUGUCCAUUCCUUCCAGUCAGGCCUGGACUCAUGGCGUCUCCAGAGCAGCCUUUGUUGGCCUCUACUCCUACGCCGUUUUUUACAGGCUUUUGACUUUUGGAGGAAUUUCCCUCGUAGAGGCCUUGCUCUUUUUCUGGGGCUUGGGCUUGGGAUAUGUGGAGAUCAAACAGCUGGAGAGCAAUGGCUUCCAGGCCCACAUCAAUGACUUUUGGAACGUGUUGGAUGCUUUGCACAUCACAGUUCUUCUGGGCGCUUUGAUCUUGGGUGUGGCAUUUGCCGACCGGAACGAAGAGCUCAAUGAGAUGGAGCAUACGCUGGAGAUCACCCACGCCAUGAACCUGUUGCCUUGUUGGAUUCGUGUUCUCCAAGUCCUUCAGUUGUCAGAAUACUUUGGGACGCUGUUGAUCACCAUCUUUGGAAUGGCAAAGGACGCCUUGAAGUUCUUUAUUCUGGUGGUGAUCUUCUGCUUUGGGUUCAGUUGCGCGAUUACGCCGAUCCUGUUUCACAGCGGAGUGGAACGCGAUGAACAGGGGUUGACCUGGGCCUUUUGGACCAUUGUUGGAAACUUGGAUGAGAAAGCCUUGAACAAGCUGACCACGCUGGGUGGUGGGACCAGGUUUGUUGCAGUGGUUUUGGUCUACACCUUGGCGUUGGUUUGCAAUGUGCUCUUGGUCAACCUGCUGAUUGCAGUGAUGAACAGCACCUAUGAGAAGAACCAGGCAGUCUCCCAGACCCAAUGGGCCUACAAUCGGGUGGAAGCGGUGCUGGAGUUCGACCAUGAGUCCAUUCUGCCCCCGCCGCUGAACUUGCUGGAGCCCUUCUUGAAUUGCAGCGGCAACACCAUCGGUCACGAGGACGAUUCCCACCUCCGUGGCAACGAUGGGCUCGAUGUCUCCGUCACUCGAAGGGACCUGAAGGACGCGCAACAACGCGCCUUCUUGGCCAUCACCUAUGAGGAAGACACCGGCGAAAGCGCCAUGCUGCGGGCGGAGCUCGCCGAGCUGCGUCGGAGGAAUCAGGAUUUAGCCCAACGCAACAAGGAUUUGGAAACGUUGGCUGCGAACUAUUUAUUGGAGCAGUCGCGCGCCAACGGUGCAGUUCAAGUUGCUUCGGAGACUCCCUUCAAUGCACCAGCUUCUCCCAACGUGGCCGCCGCAGGCGCCGGGCUGGUCCGAAGAACUCGAAGAUUGACAACGACUCCUUUGAGUGCUCCCGUCGUCAACGACGGCUGAGAUUUUGCAUAAGCCUUUCCCGAUGGUGCCGUGGAUUUUUACCAGCCAUGGGUGUGGGUAUCUGGUUGCUCUCAACGGACUUGUGGACCAC